AUGGUGCCCGCUGCCUUCGCCCUCCUCCUCCUCCUGGCCCUGCCGGUCGGGCGUGCRGCGGGGGCGCUGCCGGGCGCAGAGCAGCCGCGCUCAGCCCCGGGGGUGGCUGGAGCCGCGGGCAGAGCCGAGCGCCCCGCGGCCCUGCAGCUCGCGGCGCUGCCCGCGCCGCCCGGAGCCCUGCGGAGGCAGAAGAGGGACUGGGUCAUCCCGCCCAUCAGCUGCUCGGAGAACGAGCGCGGCCCCUUCCCCAAGAACCUYGUGCAGAUCAAGUCCARCAAGGACAAGGAGACCAAGGUUUUCUACAGCAUCACGGGGCAGGGGGCGGACACCCCCCCCGUGGGCGUCUUCACCAUCGAGCGGGAGACGGGGUGGCUGAAGGUGACGMAGYYGCUGGACAGGGAGGAGAUCAGCAGAUACGUGCUCUUCUCCCACGCCGUGUCGGCCAACGGGCAGCCCGUGGAGGACCCCAUGGAGAUCAUCAUCACCGUGACCGACCAGAACGACAACCGGCCCGUGUUCUCCCAGGCGGUUUUCCAUGGCUCCGUGCCGGAGGGGGCCGCGCCAGGCACCUCCGUGAUGCAGGUGCUGGCCACGGAUGCGGACGACGCCGUGAGCUCCCUCAACGGGGUGGUCACCUACUCCAUCCUGCACCAGCGGCCGGACUCGCAGAGCCCCAUGUUCUCCAUUGACAAGAGCACCGGCGUCAUCUCCGUGGCGGCGCCGGGGCUGCAGGCGGAGGGAGUGCCCGAGUACACGCUGGAGGUGCAGGCUGCGGAUAUGGAGGGCACGGGACUCAGGAGCACCGCCACGGCCGUCAUCACGGUGCAGGCCGAGGGCUCCUCGGAGCAGCUGGAGGGCUCCGUGACCACGCACGUGCUCAACACGGUGACGGGGCGGCCGGCGGCGGGGCUGGCGCUGCGCCUGGCGCGGCUGCAGGGCCCGGGAACGCAGUGGACGGAGCUGGUGCAGAGGGUGACGGACGAGGACGGGCGCUGCCUGCCCCUGCUGGCGCCGGGCCAGGCCGCGGCCAGCACCUACAAGCUGCGCUUCGAGACGGCGCCGUACUGGCAGGGCCUGGGCCACAGCAGCCUCUACCCCUACGUGGAGGUCGUCUUCACCAUCGCGGACCCUGCGCAGAAGCUGCACUUGCCGCUGCUGAUCAGCCCCUACUCCUACACCGCGUACCAGGGCAGCUGA